AUGUCGUCUCGCAAAGCGAAAGUUGCUUGGGAUGAUGUCUGCAGGCCCAAGAAGGAAGGAGGCCUUGGUAUCAAACCGCUGAAAGAAGCUAACACAGUCUGUAUUAUGAAACUCAUAUGGCGGAUUCUCUCUGGGAACUCCUCUUUAUGGGUCUCUUGGAUCACCAGAUCACGAGGAUUCAUAGAUCUUGGAAUCUCUGCUCAUGACACUGUCGCCAUGGUUGCUGCUAACCACCAGCAGAGGCGACACCGAAGCCCACUUUUAAAUGCAGUUGAGGACCUUAUUGACUCACCCCGAGCUCAAAUAAAACUGAAUGUGGCUGAUGUUCACCUGUGGCGGUUUAAGGAUGGUGUUUUCAAAGAGAGAAUCUCAUCAAAGGCAACCUGGAACAAAAUACGAGUUCCACAACCUGUUCAGCAGUGGUGGAAUGGCGUCUGGUUCUCCUACUCGACACCAAAAUACUCCUUCAUGACUUGGCUCGCUGUUCUGGACCGUCUAUCUACUGGUGACAGAACUCUCUGCUGGCAGCAGAAGUUCCCACCUCGUGUAUCUUCUGCCAAGACCCAAUGGAAUCUCGAAAUCAUCUAUUCUUUGCUUGCCGGUUCUCUGCGGAAAUAUGGCCGAACCUGGCUCAAGGUGUGUUCAACGCUAACUAUACAAUAG